AUGAGCCGACUCUCGACGUGUCUCAACAAACAACUGGUUACCAAAAGCCUCAAUAUCAAUCCAAUUCGCUAUCCGCGGAUCUCCUCACCCUUUGCAUCUGUGACGACUCGACUAUACUCUCAGACCUACAACGGCAAUAUGUCGACCGAACCACCCCGCAACGAGAUGGUCUACCUGCCCGGCGUUCUGUCGCCGAACCGAUCUUUCGGAGUCUUUCGCAAGGUGCUGCAUACGGGUCUCUACUCGCAAUUCGUGGCCAUGGAGGUUCCCGUGAACGGUGAGAUCGGCGAUGAGAAACACACCGUCGACCAAGUUCUCCUCUUCACCUCGGGCGUCGGUAAAGCCAUUGUGGCCGGAAAGGAGCAGGAAGUGAAACAAGGCGACACUGUGAUUGUCCCCGCAGGCACGCAGCACCAGUUUUUGAACGUCGGAUCCUCUCCAUUGGAGGUCGUCACUAUCUAUUCUCCCGCGGAACAUCACCCUCAGACAGUGCAUCAGACCAAGGCUGAAGGGGAUGAGAAAGAGGAAUCAGGACAGGAUGAGCCGGCGGAAUGGAGCCAGAGAAGUAAGGCGGAGAACGAGAGACUGGGGCUUGUGAAGGUUUAA